AUGGCUGUUGCACUUCGUCUUUUCUUUGCUGGGCCAAUCUCAACGCGACACUCCCGCCAAAUUCUUGUUUCUUAUUCUGAGUCGCGGCCAGUAACAUCCCUCCAUACCCCUGGAUACAAAUCUGUGCCUGAAGACACCCCGUACCCCGUUCUCCCACUCUCCUUUUCUUCUGAACCAUCAGCCUAUUUCCCUGUUCUCUUGUCCCUUCUCCUGCCUGUCCGUUUGUCUGACCAGAACAGUCGCAGUGGAAGCGGCAACAGCAGUAUCAACAGCGCUACCACCACAGCGACCACUAUUAGCAACAUCGAGCCAUAUUCAGCAUCGUCAACACGCAGCGCCAUAAGUCAUACCCAUCGUAGCACCUUGAAUCAUUCCAGCUUCUCUGCACACUCCAACAGAACCACGGACUCGUUCUAUUCCUCUAAUAGUACCAUGACCCACCUCACGACCGACGACGACAGCUCCGCAACGGCCAGUCAUUCUAUUCGCCUGCAACGGUCUCGUCAGAACAGCAGAGCUGGCUCCCUACCCUCCUCUCCCCUCGCCGGCUCAUUUUUACAUAACGGCAAUAACUCGGUCGCAACAUUGACCCACGGUAUGCAAAAUACAGAGAUAGCUGUAGAUGAGGGCCAGGAAGACGGAAACGACGCUUUGGACGGUCAUGGACACGGCAUGACCGGUCCGACUACUGCAGGAGGCCCGCUACAGCUUCGUGUUCGACACUUCGAACGCGGCGCGUCCUACUCGGGCUAUCUCACAAAGUUUUCCUCCCGGACCUUCUUCUCGCGCAAACAAUGGAAACGACGCUACUUUAUUCUUCAUCAAUCAUCGCUUCACUGCUUCAAGUCCUCAGAUCCUCAACACCCACUGCUUGAAUCGCUAAAACUCUGCGCAGAUACCAUUAUCUGUGUGACCGAUAUCUUCUCCGGUAAACGCUAUUGUCUACAGAUCACAUCUCCAGGCGAGAAGAACUGGUAUGUGCUCGCGGACACGGCCGCAGAGAUGUCGGGCUGGCUCCGGGAGCUCAAGGCGAUCGUACUCCGGUUCCGUGGCAUCACAAUAGACUCACGACCGGGAACUCACUACUCGGAUUCUUCGGAAAUGUCGGAUCUUUCCUCCUCGUCUGCAGCCAUGGCCGAUGCUGCACCUAUGCCUACGAUUCCGAGCCAAUACGACGCCUUUGCCAUGUUCAACCGAUCACCUUCGCCUCCCCUGCGUUCUCCUCACCCCUCGCAGCAGUUUGAUCUCUAUCAGUUUUCUACCAUGGGCAGCAACAGCCUUCCCUCCAGAUCAUUGACACCAAAAUCCCUCCUCUUAAUGUCUGGAUCGAGUUCACAAGACGAGAGUCUAGGACAAGAGUCCAUGGAGAGAAAGAGCAGCACAACUUCAUCAACCCAGGCUCCGACUGAAUACGCGAGCUUCGGCACGGUCAUGGAACAAGCAGACGCACUUCCACCAGAGGAGGAGCGAUCCCAGCCCUUCCCACCGCUUUCCCCACCCGUGGAGCCUCGCCGCAACCGUGGAUCUGACAUGGCUGGCUUCGCCCAUGGUGUAAGCACAGCUACACCCAGGUCUACCACGGGUAGCGGACGCCGCGUCUCCAUUGCCAUCGACUGGCCCGAGACGAUGAUCACGCUCCCGCGCCGGAGUUCCCAGAGAUUGAUGGGAAGCCCUUCGCGACCUAUGAGUCCAGUGUCCUCGCGUCCAAUGAGUCCCAACUUUAACAGGUCCAGCCCUCGGUCCUCUCUGGUGGUCUCUCCACCACCACGAAGCAUCCACAGGCCGUCCAGUGUCACGACCAGACAUUCGACACAGCUCUCGCCGCUGCAGAUCGCCACGAUUGGACUUCAGUCUGCAAACAGCUCCUCCCGUCCCAUGUCUCCCAUCAGUGAGUUGUCUCCCGGGCUCCGAGGUUCGGCUUCCAGGGCAGCGGGCGCUCGUCAUCUUCGUAACAGCUCCUUCCUGGAACUGUCCUUGGCUUCACCUACGGGCCCUAUUCAAGAACGGACAUACAGGAGCCCUUCCCGACCAACGAUCCUUACAACUACCUCAAGACCCAUGUCUCCAACGCUGUCCUCCGCCCCAACAUCGCCGCUGCCGGAACCACCUCGAUCAGAGUCUCCUUUUUCGGCCCUCAAGCACUCGCUCUCGAACGGAUCCGUUCACCGCAUCUCAAUCGUACCAAGGCAUCAUGACCCAGAGCAGCUGAUCAAGCAUCGUCCCUCCCAGACCCGCUCCCGCUCAAAGUCGCAGGAGUUGACAUUGAGCGCUAAACAGAUCGAGGUCCCUCUGAGAGUCAGUCGCGCCAAUACCCCUUCGCCGCGUCUCGGUGCGACAAACACAACCGGACUUGGGGAAGCGACUCCACCUCCGUCGCCGAAGGGUCCUAAAUGGCUCGGGGAUGCCGCAAUGAACAAGCAUAUGCCCUUGAUGCACGGCAGUUUGAUCUUACCACCUCCACCUAUGGGUCAGCAGCCCGAGCCACCUGUCUCGGCGACAUCGUCGAACGUCAGCAGUCCGCUCCCGAGUCGACCUGCUUCGAUGCAGCUGUAUCAUAAGCAUUCGCUCUCGAGCUCGUCUCUUCGGUCCGUAAGUUCGUUUUCGUCCAUGACCUCGGUGAGCAAUGCGUCGCAUGGCAGUGCUGUGAGCAGGAAGCCUUCCAGUCGGGAUCCGGCACUCUGUGCACGUCUUGCGACGUUGACCCCGAUUUCAUUAGGCUCUGACUCUGUGGUGCCGUCCCCACCACAGACAGCAUUGCCACCAAUUCCUUUGCCAACCCCACCUACUACUACAUCAUUGGCCAUGCCUGAGGAGAAGGAGAGGGAGGAGUCGUCUGUGGGGACAAUAGAUUCUAUGGCUCUAGUCAUUGAGACGACAGCGCAGCUGCUGGAGCUCGCUUCGGGCACGAAGGCGGGGGAUACAGACAAGGGCGAGGAAGAGAGUUCGAUUGCGGAAGUUGAUCUUGUCAAGAACCAGGCUGCGGGAUUCGAGAUCAUCAUGGAAGAGGAAGAUGAAGACGAAGACGCAGAACGCGAAUCCGUAGUCAGCGGAGAAGCCGUCGCACCCGACAAUAUCGAAGAGUUCAAGGACAUUGAGGAGUCUGAGGAGAAAGUGAUGGCACCGACAUUGAACGACGAGACCACGACUGAGGCGGAGAAGGAGAGCGAGACAGUGGCCUCGGUUGUGGAGGAAUCAAAGGAUGUGAAGGCGACGUCUUUGGCCUUAGUUGUUGAUGUGGAUGCGCAGAUGGAGUCUCUUAGUAUUGCGGCGCCCGAGAAGCAGAGCUCGUCCGUGAAGGUCGAAGAGCUUGAGGACGAGGGCGCUGAUAAGGAGCCGGAGCUGACAGAACAGAGCAUUCUUGCAGCUACAUCGGCGGAAUCUGCGUAG